GCGGCGAGCGUACCCUUGUUGGCUGGGCGGGCGGCCGGCCGGCCUGGGGCGGGCUGGGAUGGCGCCUCCUCCGCCGCCGCCCCAGCUGUUGCUCCUGGCCGCCCUGGCAGGACUCCUGAGUCCCCGUGAGGUGGUGGCUGAACCGGCGGCGGAGGAGGCGGGAGCCCGUUGUCCCGAGGGCCUGUGGCCUCUGCCCCCACAGGUGUCACCAAGAGUGACCUACUCACGGAUGCGGCCACAGCAGGCUGAGAACAUCAGCUUCCUCUACCACCCCUGUGCCCACCCCUGGCUGAAACUCCAGCUUGCCCUUCUGGCCCACACUUGUGUGGCCCAGCCCUCACUGGCCCCUGACUCCAGCCUCACCCAGGAUCGGCCCCUCGUACUGGCAGCAUGGGGCUUAGCGCUGGAGAUGGCGUGGGUGGAGCCGGUCCGGGCUGCCCACUGGCUGAAGAGGAGGCAGCAGCGGAAGCAGAGGAGAGAGAAAGCUGGGUUCCGUCCUGACACUGUUCCUGGGCCCCCUUCCUUGGUGCCCACGCUGGGCAGAGGGAGGCUGUGCUGUCGUCGAGGGUGUGUGCAGGCCCCGGCUUUGGCCUUUACUCUGCGGAGCUGGCGGCCACCCGGCGUGGAGGUGGCAUCUAGCGGACAUGGGCAGCUCUUUCCUAGUGGUGCCAGGAGACGUGGGCUGCGGGCUGCCCUUGGUCUCCAGCCCACCCCCUCAGCUCCGAGGGUCCCCUCUGUUUCCCCAGGGAGCUUGGAGGCCAAACAGCCCAUGUUGGGACCUCAGGGAGAAGGCGAUAAUGCCGGGUCUGUGCCCACCGGCCCACUGCUGCUAGGGGGACCAGGAAGCAAUGUCAGCUCCAGGCUGGAGGCUCAGCUGCCCAAAGGGCAGAACAGCCCUGGAGGCUGUGCCUGUCUGGGUCAGGCUUCCCCGGCCCCUCGGGCAGCAGCGCCACCGAGGGCCGCCCGCGGCCCCACCCCGCGCACGGAGGAGGCCGCGUGGGCGGCCAUGGCCCUGACUUUCCUGUUGGUGCUGCUCACGCUGGCCACGCUCUGCACUCGGCUGCACCGAAACUUCAGACGCGGGGAGAGCAUCUACUGGGAGCCCACGGUGGACAGCCGGGACACCGUGGCUGCUGUGCUGAAACGGAGGCUGCUGAUACCCCCUCGCCGGGUCAAGCGCUCCCGCCGGAGACCCCUCCUCCCGCCCACGCCGGACAGCGGCCCGGACGGGGACAGCUCCGAGUGACCUGCACCAGCCCUGCCGCUGGGGCAGGUCCGGCUCCUCCCCCCACCGGAGGCCGCAACCUCCGCCACGUGGCCCGCGCGCAGGGCCGCCCCCUGGCGGCCCGAGGGAGCAGUCACGCCCAAGCGCGGCAGAUGGGCUGAUCCUGUGUGUGGUUUGCUGGGGGGAAUGGGGUGGGGGAGAGGGAGGCGAGAGAAAGGAGCAGUUUCAAGCCUCCGU